UUCUGUUGCUAAACGCUUCGUCUGUUAAGCGUUUUGUAACAGAAACCGUUUACUCCAAACAGCUCUAUUUAGUUAUUAAACUGAAGUUGUUGUUCAGUCCUGUCUCUCCUCAAAAAAUAAGCAAGAAGUUGGAAGGAACCCUGUAGACUUCACAUGGAUGAAUUUAUCAUUUAUGCGCAGCUUAUGCCAAAAACGUCGGACUAUUCCGAUUGGAAUGGCAACGUGUGGAAACCAUACCCACUUUAAAAGCGUUUGAGUAAAUGGUAUAUUUUGCGAAACUUUUGCAACAGAAUUUGCGUAAUGAAUACACCCUUGUUACUUCAUCCGGAAACAUGGAGGCUGUCGUCUGUGAUGUUGUUUCACCAGAGGAUCUCUUGAAAUUUGAGAAGAAGUAUUCUACAGAGUUGGCUAAAGGGGAUUUGACCAAAGACACAAAGUUUGAGUAUGCGUGGUGUCUGAUCAGGAGCAAAUUCCCAGAUGACAUCAAUAAGGGCAUCGUUCUGCUGGAUGAGCUGGUUCACAAGGGUACCAAGGAUGACCAGAGGGACUACUUGUUUUACCUGGCUAUUGGAAACUACAAACUGAAGGAGUAUGAGAGGGGCCUGAAAUGCAUCCGGAUCCUCCUGAAGAAUGAACCAGGGAACACGCAAGCUCUGGAUCUGGAGAAGCUCAUAGUGAAGGCCAUGAGGAAAGAUGGUUUGGUCGGCAUGGCGAUAGUUGGAGGGAUAGUUGGAGGAGUCGGCCUUGGCGUCGCUGGAUUGGCUGCACUCAUUGGGAUGGCUGCAUCAAAGAAGCUCUAAACUAUUUGCACAACCCUACUGCCAAACCCCUCCAGAUACCCAGAAUGCCUCAAUAUAACACUGGCUGAAUUGAGUAUAACACUCUCCUACCUACCUACCUACCUACCUACCUACCUACCUUUUCUUUCAAUAAAUAUAACAAUUAAUCCUCCCUUUCCAAACGAAUUAAAAGUGAAAUUAUAUUUGGUAAAAGGGAACAUUGAAGUAAAAUGUUGGGACACAACUGUUUUUGUUGCUGUACUGAAAGGAUGUAAUCUUAACACUGUAUUCAUGAACAGAAGUUUUGCUAAUUUAUUCAUUACUAUUUGAGUUAUUGUACGACAAGCCACCAUUGCUCUAUGCUGAAAUCAUUUUAGGAAGGUUUUGAAUGCUUUUCUUCCGCUUUCCCUAUUAUUUUAACAGCCUCAGUAUCCAUACAGUUGAAGUCAGAAGUUUACAUACAUCUUAGGCAAAUACACUUUAAUCCUAGUAAAAAUUCUGUUUUAGGUCAGUUAGGACACCACUUUAUUUUAAGAAUGUGAAAUGUCAGAAUAAUAGUAGAGAAUGAUUUAUUUCAGCUUUUUUUUCUUUCAUAUUCCCAGUGGGUCAGAAGUUUACAUACACUCAAUUAGUAUUUGGUAGCAUUGCCUUUAAAUUGUUUAACUUGGGUCAAACGUUUCGGGUAGCCUUCCACAAGCUUCCCACAAUAAGUUGGGUGAAUUUUGGCCUAUUCCUCCUGACAGAGCUGUUGUAACUGAGUCAGGUUUGUAAGCCUCCUUGCUCGCACAUGCUUUUUCAGUUCUGCCCACACAUUUUCUAUAGGAUUGAGGUCAGGGCUUUGUGAUGGCCACUCCAAUACCUUGACUUUGUUGUCCUUAAGCCAUUUUGCAAGUAUGCUUGGGGUCAUUGUCCAUUUGGAAGGCCCAUUUGCGACCAAGCUUUAACUUCCUGACCGAUGUCUUGAGAUGUUGCUUCAAUAUAUCCACAUAACUUUCCUACCAUGAUGCCAUCUAUUUUGUGAAGUGCACCAGUCCCUCCUGCAGCAAAGCACCCCCACAACAUGAUGCUGCCAACCCCGUGCUUCACGGUUGGGAUUUUGUUCUUCGGCUUGCAAGCCUCCCCCUUUUUCGGCCAAACAGUUCUAUUUUUGUUUCAUCAGACCAGAGAACAUUUCUCCAAAAAGUACAAUCUUUGUCCCUAUGCACGUUGCAAACCGUAGUCUGGCUUUUUUAUGGCGGUUUUUCAGCAGUGGCUUCCUUGCUGAGCGGCCUUUCAGGUUAUGUUGAUAUAGAUACUUUUUGUACCCGUUUCCUCCAGCAUCUUCACAAGAUCCUUUGCUGUUGUUCUGGGAUUGAUUUGCACUUUUCGCAACAAAGUACAUUCAUCUCUAGGAGACAGAACGUGUCUCCUUCCUGAGCGGUAUGACGGCUGCGUGGUCCCAUGGUGUUUAUACUUGCAUACUAUUGUUUGUGCAGAUGAACGUGGAACCUUCAGGCUUUUGGAAAUUGCUCCCAAGAAUGAACCAGACCUGUGGAGGUCCACAAUUGUUUUUCUGAGGUCUUAGCUGAUUUCUUUUGAUUUUCCCAUAAUGUCAAGCAAAGAGGCACUGAGUUUGAAGGUAGGCCUUGAACUACAUCCACAGGUCCACCUCCAAUUUACUCAAAUUAUGUAAAUUAGCCUAUCAGAAGCUUCCAAAGCCAUGACAUAAUUUUCUGGAAUUUUCCAAGCUGUUGAAAGGUACCGUCAACUUAGUGUAUGUACACUUAUGACCCACUGGAAUUGUGAUACAGUGAAUUAUAAGUGAAAUAAUCUGUUAACAAUUGUUGGGAAAAUUACUUGUGUUAUGCACAAAGUAGAUGUCCUAACCAACUUGCCAAAACUAUAGUUUGUUAAGACAUUUGUGGAGUGGUUGAAAACGAGUUUUAAUGACUCCAACCUAAGUGUAUGUUAUCUUCUGACUUCAACUGUAUAUGCUUUGAUAACUCUAAAUCUCUGUGUAAUAGAUAGGAAUGUUUAGAUUUGAUGAAGGAAAUGCAUACAUAAAGGAUAUUGUUAUGUGUAUGUGUUGAACCGUUUCAGUAAGUUUGUUGGUAUGUGGUUCUGCUUCUCAACCAACAGAGCAGUGUUGUCUCAGCAAUUUAUCAGAUGAAGCAUCAAGCCGAUAGUUUGCUUGAAGACCCAUGCAUUUAGCCUGGACCCAGAUGUUUGUGUUGUAUAGCUGACAGCAACCAUAUGCAUUAUGGCUAUAUAGCACAAAGAGAUCUGGGAUGAGGCUACAGUGAGGUCAGUCACUUGUAGAAGUUUUGUCAUGUGCUGCUGGUGUUAGGCUGUAGAAAAGGGACUUUCAGAUGGACUGUGGGGAUACCCUUACUUGUCAGUGGGUUUGUCGUUGACUAGAAAGCAGUUUUGAUACAAGUUGAACAAAUCCUUUCCAUACAUGGCUAAAAGGUCUCGUUCUGCAGUAUUUCUUUGAUUUUGCUCAGUUUUACCAACCCGCAAGACCAGAAUGCAACUAGGGGUCUGUUGAGUACAGAGCUGCUGAUGUCACUUUCAGUGUAAGUCACAGUAUUGUGCAAUACAAUAUAUAUUAGAUUUGAGCAAGAAUGGAAUCCGUUGGAAUGUUUGCACUCAAUGCACUGUAGCAAUAUAACCGAGUGAUGUUUUCUUUCUGCUUAUUGACUUUUUUGUUGUAGUGCCUAAUAAAAGGCAUGCUGCCAAAUAUAAAUAUGAGUAUUGUAAAUAAAGACAAGGUUGUAAGGAAA